UCAACGUCUUCACCCACAUAGAAAACCUGCAAGAGAAGAAUUAGGAAGGGGUAAAUGGAAACGCAUAUAACAAGGAUUGUGCCCGAAGAGUGCAUCGCCAACAUCAUUUCCAACACAAGUCCUCGCGAUGCAUGUAGAUUGUCGCUGGUUUCUCGAGGCUUCAAAAUAGCUGCCGCUUCCAAUCUCGUGUGGGAGAGAUUUCUGCCACCGGAUCAUUGGAACAUCAUUUGUGUCCGUCAGUUUCGUCAGAGGCAGCGUCAUCGUCAUCAUCAUCCUCCUCCUUUCAACGCACAGACUUUUGCAAUAAACAAGUGGAGUGGGAAAAAAUGUUAUAUGCUGGGAGCGAGGGAGUUAUCCAUAUCAUGGGGAGAUACUGAAUAUGACUGGCAAUGGAUUUCUUCAUCUAAGUCCCCAGGUUUACCCAAAUCCGGAUUCUCAGAGGUUGCUCAUCUUUGGCUUCUGUGGUGGCUUGAGAUAAUAGGCAGUGUCGAGACUAAAAUCCUAUCCCCAAAUACAACAUAUGGCGUAUACUUUAUUUACACCAUUGCACAGUUGCCCAAAAACAAUAUGUACUUUAAUACAAGUCCCUACGGGCUUUUCCACCCAAUGAAGGUGUCUCUUAGCAUUGAAAACGACAUUGAAGGUGAAACUACCAAUAUUGCUUAUCUGCAACCAAGAACAUCAAGAGACAGACCUCCUGGACAGGAAGGACGGCUUCCAUGCAAGAGAGAGGACAUGUGGAUGGAGACUGAGAAUUGGGGAGUUCUUCAAUGGAGAUGAGAAUAACGUGUUACAGAUGCACUUGUGGGAGACUGAAGCCGGUGAAUCUAAAUCUGGCCUUCUUGUCCAUGGCAUUGAGCUUCGGCCAAAAGAAGAAAAAAAUUAUUAGUAGAAUGAAUGGCUGCUAAUUAAUUUUCUUAUGGAUUCCUAUUUCUUCCUUUUCAUUCUCUAGAGUACUCUAGAAUCUUGAAGUGAAUAACUGGAAGUUUUGCAUGCAUGAAUUAAUCAUUUUAAUUCAUUGCUCGAUUGGUUUGAUUAUGCAAAUAUUUCAUUGAAGGCAUUCGAUUUUAA